ACUUUAACAAAAUAAAUAAACAUUGUAAAAAGUACGAAAAUAUUUUUCUUUCUGCUUUCCUCUUCCUUCAACUUUUCGUUGCAAUUUUUAAAAAUCUGCGUCUAAAGUUCUAAAAAUUAUUUUAUAUUUUAACUUGAAAAUAAAUUAAUUCUGCAAAAGCUGAAUAUGACUUUGGCAAGUCUUGUUUGUUGCCUGAAAUCAUAUUAAAUUACGGCAUACCGAUAUACUCAUUGUUAUUUAAAGUAUAGAGGAGUAUACAUUUUGUGAAAAGAGUACUGCAUCUCAUUGUCAUGAGUACUGAAACCAACAUAACGAAUUCAACUUUGCAUUACACUAUUAUUAAGACUGUCAUAGACAAAGGAUAUGCACCAGAUUUAAGUAAGCUGUCUGAAAUACUAGGUCAAUCAGAAGAUCAAAUCAAGGCUGCGUUGUAUAAACUUCAAAAUGAUCAUGGAGUCGUUUUGCAUCCAAAUGAACCUAAAGUUUGGGUUAUACAUCCCUUUUCAUUAGCUCCAACAAACUUUUACGUUAAGUCGGAAAAAGGUGAAUGGUGGGGAAAUUGUGCUUGGUGCUCGUUAGGCAUAGCUGCUAUACUUAAAGAGAAUGUUACCAUAGCAACAAAUAUUGGGGGUGAAGACAAACAUAUAAUUAUCGAAAUAGUUGAUGGGGAACUUAAAAACAAAGGUUUGUUCAUACACUUUCCUAUUCCUAUGAAAGAAGCAUGGAAAAAUGUUAUAUUUACUUGUGGGGUAAUGCUUGCAUUUGAAAGUGAAGAUGAGGUUGACGUCUGGUCUAAAAAACAUAACAUACCAAAAGGUGAUGUACAGCCUAUUGAAAAAAUAUGGAACUUUGCAAAAAAGUGGUAUGGUAAUCAUGCAAAUCCUAAAUGGAAUAAAUGGACAAUUGAUGAAGCUAAAAGUAUGUUUAGCGAAUUUCAAUUGAAUCAUCCGAUUUGGAAUUUGGAAAAUUCAGAAAAAAACUUCUAAAUUUUAAAGUAUAAUAAGAGAAACUCUUAGGGAAAGAAAGAGGUUAGAUAGUUGGAAAAACUUUUAUAGCCUUCUUAGCCAAAGUAGACCAAACUAUUUGAAAUUAUAGUUUUGUCUUUGUCCUAUAUAUGUUGAAUAAAAUUAUAAAAAUUUAAAUAAUGCAUGGCACAUUUUCACUUUGUAUAUCGGAAAUGUCUUAAUCGAUAUUUUACAUAAGAAAGGUUUCCAUAGUAAAUUUCAAUAGGCGAGCG